UGACAUUGAAAACUCGAAGCGCGAAGUAAAACGGACAAUCGUUAGCGACGUAAAUGAACUUAAGUGCGUUUAGUGCUUCGCGCGCGCUAGAAGUUCCAAGUAACAAAGAACAAAAUAAAGAUUCGGAAUCACAAAAUACAAAAAAACGCAACAAGACGGCAAGCAUCGACUGAUCGCACUCUCCGAAUCAACCGACACCGUACAUCGGACAUUGCGAAGGGAAUAUAUGACACCCCUGUGUAACGAGAUCUCGCCGGUACAAGAAGGAUGAAACGGAGGAAGGAGAAGAUGAAGAGGAGAUCUGUGUUCAGGCUUAUAAAAAUUGCUACUGGUAUAUAACAUGUCCUUGAAAGUGGAAACCAUCGGGAGAGAGAGCGCCGGCGCCCAUACGUCAUCGCCGAGGAACUGUGCGGACCGAGAGAAGACUGAGGAAAACGGGAGAGAACGAGAGAGCAAGAGAGAUGGAUGUGAAGAGCCGAUGAGGACCUUUAAGUGAGAUUAUAUCACCCGCGCGAGAUGAUGCAUGCGAGGAAACGGUCACCGAUGUAAAAAUACAUGGAGGAAGAUGCGUUAAAAUAUUCAAGAUUCCGCAAAAUGCCGAGAAACUUGGCAAUGAAAUUUUAUUGAUUGUCAUGCUGACGUGAGGAAAAUUGCGCCGAGAGAGAGGCGAGCGCGAGGAAAAAUGUUGGGCGCGACGAACGCGGAACAAGGUGCGAAUAACGGCGUGAUAGUGUCGCAGCUCGUGAAUUCGCACGCGCCGCAGGAUUUCACGGUCUCACGCCUACUGUCCACGCCAACGCACUCCUUGGACUGCAAUGAAACCUCUACCGCUGGAAACAGAAGACCCAGAAGAAGCAGAACGACCUUCUCGGCGCAACAGUUGGCCGCGUUGGAGAGGGUGUUCGAGAAGACGCACUAUCCGGAUGCCUUUGUUCGCGAGGAACUGGCAACGAGAGUGUCUUUGUCAGAGGCCAGAGUGCAGGUGUGGUUCCAGAACAGGCGGGCGAAGUUCCGACGGAACGAGCGGAGCUCGGCGAUGAGCCGCGGCGUUUCCGCGGGCAGAGAAAUGGAAGCUGCGCUACCGCUACGUCCCAUCCGAGUGUCGCAUACCCCGCAGCACGCGGACGGCAAUGCGGAAUCGUCGCAGAACGCGAAUACAACCUCUCAGACUCAGUAUUCCUACGGCGAAUACUGGAGAACGACUCCGCAACAUUACACGGCGGUGCAAACCGCCGCGGCCGCCGGCUGUCACAACUUCGUCGCGAACGGCGGUUUGGCGAACGUCGGCUUGUCGCCGUACCAUCAUCACCAAACCGACAUUCAUCACGGACAUCUGGACGGAACCGCCGUGAACGGUCUGAGCACCCUGAGACUGCGAGCGCAUCCUUACGCCUCGACGUAUCCAGCGAUGCACGCGAGUAUGUGAUACCGUUCCCGAGCAUCCC